AUGGAUCCUCAGAACGACUCGUCAAAUAUAGUCACGCAACAAAAGCUUUCCCAUGAUGAAAUAAAAGAGGAUGCAAAGGAACUCGAAUAUAAAGAUAUUAAGGAAAAAUUAGAAAAAAUAUUUCAGAAUUUAACAGUUCUAUUUUCCAAAGAUCUUUAUAAAACGAUCGAACGUUAUGAAAAGGAUAAUAAUGUCACUCUAUUAAAGGAUGAAACGAGACCAAUUUUUCAAAAAUUUUGUGAUCAAAAUCCUGACAUGGAAGUAUCUGUUGAUGAUGUAAUGCAACUUGUAAAAAGACUUCAGGCCCCUUCCCAAUCUUCCCCAACCCCUCCUGUAGGAUCUAAUGUUGCUUCUGAAUCAACUGGAACUAGGAGAUCAAUGAUCAAAUUUGGAACGGUUCGUUCCUCGGUUCGGUCGCUUGGACCAACACGAAAGAAUAGAUCUAAUUUUAGGAAUCGGGAACCUGUAACCACUGUGGAAAAUGACGAAGAAGAAUCAGGUAUCGGCCCAACCUUAAAUCGUUCCAGAAGCAGCUUACCUUAUGGUUUUAAUGACACACCAAAUAGUAUGAACUUUAAUUAUCCGAAACCACUUCAUGAUCCUUCCGAAGGAUACGAGACAUCAUUCGAAGGCAGUGGUGGUUUCGAUGAAACGGUUUCUCAAUUGUUUUUAUCUACAACAGACGACCCUGCUGUCCAACUCAGCCGUCUGUAUCGUCACACUGUAGACCUUACCAAACGACUUAAAGAAUCUGAACGUCAUUUAGCAUCUGUAGCUAGACAACAUGAAGAUCGUAUUGAAGAGCUUCAACAUAGAUUAGAAGAAACAAAAGCAGAUCUAGUGGCAAAGAAACGUGAAAUUCAGGAUCAUAAACACAAAGAGAAAACAAAUUUACAUCAAAUUUCAGCAUUGGAAGGAGAAAUUCAAAAAGUGGCAAGAGAUUUAACUGGACAAAAACAGUUAUACCAUCAUCUUAAGAAACAAUACGAAGAACAAUGCGAGGAAGCAGAGAAAUUAAAAGAUCUUGUACGAGGUAAAGAAGAAGAAUUAAGUAUCAAACAACGUAAUCUCAAUCAAAUUUCAAUAGAAGAAAAAAGAUGGUCUGAUGAUCGUGACCGUUUGGAAGUAGCAAUAAGUAAAUUAGAGAAAGAUAUUGCAGCUGCUCAUGCUACAGAGAAAGAACUUGAAGUUAAAAGAAAUGAAAAUACGCUUCUCAAAGAAACGAUUAAUAAAUUGAGAACUGAUCUGGAAGACAUACGGAGCGGAGGUUUUACUGAAUUUGACGUUGUAGCGGAGGGUGGUACUUUUAAAGAUAAUGAAUUCGAUGUGAAUGAAAAUUUACAAGCAGAAUUGUAUGAUCACGCACAAUCCGUAAUAUCGGAAGAACAAGAAUUACAAGAAGAACCACAAGAACAUCAUCUUGGAUCAGAUUCAAAUACUGAUGAUGUUGGUAGACUACCUCACAAAGUGAGUCCAAGGCGGCCUAAUGAUGUAUCAGACGGAAAUAUAAACGAUGAUCUUCAAAUCGAACCUUCUAACGAUAACGAAAGGCUUGAUCACAAUGAUCGUAAGUCAACCAGUUCCAGAAACAGUCGACGUUCUUUGACGCCAAGCAACAACAGUGUUGUCCGCAGCAAUCCAUCCGGAGAUCGAGACGUUAAUACUCAAUAUCAAAUAUUAUCUUCAGAACUUGGUGUUCAAUAUGCUUUGAUUGAAGGUAUUUUGAGAAAACGUGAAUUUACACCUCUACACAAUAAGGGAGACAGACAAAUUCGCAACAGUGUGGAAGGUGAUAGUACAGAUUUAAUGAGACAGCAAAGACUAAAUCGACAUGCAUCUCGAAAAAAUAAACGGAGAGCGAAUCUUAUCCAGGAUUCAGAGCCUCCACUUUCAGAGAACACCCAAGUUGUACAGUCAUCCAGAGCUCUUGUCACACGAAAUAAACUAAAUGUUGCCCAGAAUAAUACUAUUGUCAACAGCACGGUGACAUUCGCAUUAUACACUUUGGUUAUCUAUCUCUUUGGUAUAAUCACAUCUGUUUUUGUUCUUGAUAGUAAUCAAGGUGCAAUCCCUUAUAGCGAUUGGUUACCAUACGAAGUUGUUCGAGACGAGAGUAUUGGGACAAAAACAACAGAAAUAAUUUUAUAUUGGAUAGAAAGUUUAUUGAGCGAUAGAAAUAUGAAGGUACCAACAUAA